AUGCAAAUUUUUGUUAGAUCAUUCAAUGGGAAGAUCAUUACAUUGGAUGUUGAGAGUUCAGAUAAGAUAAAAAAUUUGAAAGUUAAAUUAAAGGAAAAGGAAGGUACUCCUUUGGAACAACAACGCCUGAAACUAGGUCCUAAGUACUUGAUGGAUAGCCAUAGCCUUUCAGAUUACAAUAUCCAGAAUGAAUCAACAAUUGAGCUUGAGCUUAUACCUUCAGAAGAGAAGACAUUGGCUGACUGGUUAUAUAAUAACCACAAUGAGUUAGAAGAGGAUAGAGCAUUAGCAUAUGACAACAUUCAGAGCAAAUCCAAAUUUAGGUAUCUUUGUGGAUGUACUGUGAUAAGAAGGAGAAGAAGGUUGAAGAAUGAGAUAUAA